GUCUAAACAGUGUUUUCUACAGUAAAGUCAAUUUAUUUCCUUAAUAAUCGUGAAGUCAAACCGUGACUUUCUUUUGGAAACGGAGGGAGUAUAUGAUAUUGCAGGUACACACUAUGAGCGACGAUGACGGAGAUGAGCGUGGUCAUAAUCAAGAUCCUCAUGGCGGCGGUGGCGGUCAAAGAGACAGCGAGGGGCGAAAAAUAAUUGAAUUUGCUGAUACCGAUGCUGUCAUCGGUGAGUGGGCUGAAGAGUUUAAAUCAUUCUUGGGGAAGAUGGUACGUUCCCGAGUGAGUAUAAACAUUGAUAGUUGGAAGAAAGUUUCAAAAGCGAAUAAAGAUCAAAUCUUUAAAGAGAUACAGGUACCUACAAAAUCUCCAAUUUUAUUAGCCGAAAUAUUUAUCUUCAUUUCACUAUAUAAUAUACGCUAGCACUUUAUUUUUGAUGUUAUCAUGCAACAUGACUAUGCUGUGGAGGAUAAUAUGAAAAAACCAUUAUUGAAAAAGUUGGGCAAAAUGCACCGAGAUUGGAGAAAUCGAUUGCGAUCAGGUUUCAUAAAUAAGACUCGUCAAGUGGGAAAGGAUUGUGGGGAAGCUUUUGAGAAGUAUAAAGACCAACUUACCAAAGAAGAGUAGGAUAGUUUCGUGGCAAAGACUAUGACUCCUGAGUUUGUGGCUUUGAGCGAGAAGAAUAAACAAGCUGCACUUCAGAAUAUCUAUCCUCAUCAUAUGGGUCGUUCAGGAUAUGUUCUUUCCAUACCGAAAUGGAAAGAGCAAGGAUUAUUAAAUCAGUUUCUUACCGGUUCAGAAGUAGAUUCAACAAACUCUAGCACAACCACUUCUGGUGAUAUUCCAAGACAUGUCACUUGGUUUUGUGCAAGGUCUGGAUUAACAUCGGACGGUCACAUUGUGUUUCCUGGUAAUACCGAGGGCAUGCGCGAGAAAAAAGAGAAGUUGGAUAAACUUCAAGAAGAUGUAGCAGCAGGAACGUGGAAGCCAAGUGGUCGACAUGAUAUAUUGACGGAGGUUGUUGGGAAGCCUGAUUACCCUGGACGUGCACGUGGCGUCGGUGGUGGUGUGGGUUAUACACAUGUCUUUGAUCGAGAGUCGAGAAGCACACAUCGAGAUAAGGUUGGUAAUUUGAGUGAUGUUGACCUAAAGCAGUUGCAAGAGCGUUUGAUGAAAGACAUGCAACAUUACUUUGUUCCAAGAAGUGAAGUGUCUAUAGGGGAUUCAAUGCCUGCUUCCGAGGCGGCCCGCGUGGAUACUAUGAACUCUGCUGCACCCCAUCUUACAAAAACAUUCAUUGAUGGUGCAUCUUGUAAGCUUGCUGUUGAGUCACACACUCAUCCUGGUGAUAAGAGUUUGGACUUUGUGGCCAUGGUUAUAGCCUACAACACGCCUGUUGGGUCGUUAAUCCAUAAUGUACCGAUGUGUGAAAACACAAUCAAAGUGAACAUAUGUAUGGCAUAUCGAGAGUUUGAAGACUGUCCAUUGCUUUAUCCUAAUGAAGCCGCUGAUAUGAAUGUUGUAAAAGAAGUUGUAGGUUCAUAUGUUCAAUGGCCAUCUCAUUUGGUUUUUUUAGGGAGAGGAACCACCGUCUAAGUCAAAAAAGGAGGAUGGAGCUAAGAAAAAAGUACCCUUUAUCGUGAGAGAUUCACCAAAAGUAACAGUUGAACCAGCUCACAUUCAUUGGUCAGUGAAACUGUUCUUCAUUCACUUACAGAUGAUCUUUUAAGAUUGCAUGAAAAUCUUGAGUGGUAUGAGCCCGAUCUUUGUAAGUUUUCUAUUCCUCUUCCUGCGGAGUUGUUCUGUUAUAUUGAUGAUCACCAAUUUGGGACCGUUAUUGACCGUGAAGACUUGAGUCAAUUUCUUGAGAGUGAUUCUGUUGAUCUUUCAAUUAUUCAGACCUUUAUGCUGUAAGUAUUAUAAUAAGUUUACAAGCACUCUUGAAUAUUUGUUAGACUUAAUUACUAUUGACUAAUUAUUAAUAUUAUAAUUUCACAUGCAUGUAGUUCUGUAAAUGCAAAACUGAUUGAGUUUGGUCGUGAUGAUGUGGGUCUUUUGUGUCCUUGGAUUUGUUCUUUUAAGUAUUAUAAAUUGGAUAAAAAGGGCACAUUGACUUACAUGAAG